AUGUGUCGACUUAUGACGGCUGCGACAACAUGGGUGACAAAAAAGGAGGAGUGGCAGGGGACCCUCGAAAGCGUGCUCUGCAUCAUGCUUGAAGGUGCUUUUGAGGUCAACUGCGGCAAUCUCCGACGAGCAUGGGCUGUCUAUCGCAGAGCAAUGACAGUAGCGCAACUUAUGGGCCUACACCGUUCACCUCUCCCACCCUUGAAAAGAAUCGACCCACGACUGAACAUAGAUCCCGCUUUCAUGUGGUUCCGCAUAGUCUAUAUGGAUCGGUAUCUUAGCCUUCUGCUCGGUCUUCCUCAGGGUACGACUGACAAGAGCAUGGCGACGAAUUUUCAGGAUGAUACACCUCUUGGUAAAUUUGAGCGUGAGCUAGUCGUCAUCGCAUCUCAUAUUCUGGAACGGAAUGAGACUUCUUUCACGGACAACUCUUUCACAACUCACUUUGGAAUAACCCAAUCUAUCGAUGCGCGGCUACUGGAAGCUUCAAGGAGUGUGCCUUCAAGCUUUUGGCGACCGGCGAAUUUUCAAGGCCUUACUCCAGGGUCACCAGACGCACUAUUGGAGACAAUACGACUUGCAGACAAGGUUUAUUACAACAGUCUGUUGAUUCAGCUGUAUCUGCCUUACGCUAUCUCCGGUAUAGGCACUCACUCAGAGCAUGAGUGCUUAAAGGUUACCUGCGUCAAUGCGAGUCGUGAAAUCAUGACACAUUUUAUUUCUCACCGGACAUUCAAUCCAAUGUCGUCUUGCUCACGUCCUGUCGACUUCUUCGCGUUUCUGGCAGCCAUGACAAUUCUACUUACCCAUCUUGAUGCUCAUCGCGAAGCGAAAAACUUCCUAAGUCAUCAGCGUCUAAGCGAUCGUGCAAUGUUAGAGCAAGUUCUCGACCUAUUGGAUCUCGUUAGCAAGAUAGACAAGGAUGCGAUGACCCGAAAGUCUGCCGAAUUGAUCCGACACCUCCUCGAUAUCGAAUCUGACGCCUCCCAAGGAAUUGCGUAUACACGGACCAUGGUUGAAGAAAAUCAAUAUACGCAGGAAAUCUUCAAAAAUGAGAAAGGGCUAUGCCUGCGCAUUCCUUACCUUGGAACUAUCAAGAUCGCUAGGCAGUCCUCAUCUUCGAGCGUAGCAAGAAGGCCCCAAGAAACCGAUCCUUCGCUAGAACAGUCAGAAAUUAACUCUAAUGGUGGGAGAUUUGUGUGUCCUCGAAUACCGCUGAUAGAAGAGCACCAACUGCAAAUGGAUCUGCCUGGAAUCACUGCAGGUAUUGAUGACUGGGCCUUCCAAGGUGUGGACAUGGCGUUCUUCGAUAGUCUUACGAAAGGGGUGUCUGAUAUAACAGGCUCUUGA